AUGGCUAAUGCACUUGGCCCAUCCACCCAUUGGUGGAAUGAUGCCGGCUUGAGGAAGCUCUACCUCUGGCUGCCAGUUGUCAUCCUCAGCAGUUCCUAUCAAGGUUUUGAUGGCAUGAUCAUGAAUGGUUUACAGUUGCUGCCCUCGUGGCAAGAAGAAUUCGACCAUCCCGAAGGACCGGUUUUGGGCUUACUCAACUCUAUUCAGACGGUUGGCGCCAUGUUGGCGCUACCUUUUAUUGGUUGGGUUGUCGAUAAGGUCGGACGUCGCAAGUCCAUUGCCUUUGGUGCCUCAUGGACUCUGCUUGGCGCGAUCCUACAGGCAACAUCCAAGCACAUCGCCCAAUUCGUCAUUUCCCGGUUCAUCAUUGGUUUCGGCCUCGCUUUCACCGUUGUUGGUGCCCCGCUGCUCCUAGCCGAGCUGGCUCUUCCAAAGCACCGUGGAACCAUCUUAUCCUACUUUCCUACCGCGUGGUACACGGGAGCUAUUAUUGCAGCCUGGACGACCUAUGGAACUCAAUUCAUCCAGGACUCCCGCUCCUGGCGUAUUCCCAGUGGUCUCCAAGCUGUCCCUGCUGUCAUCCAGAUCAGCCUUCUUUGGUUUAUUCCCGAAAGUCCUCGUUGGCUUAUCUCCAAGGGUAAUGGCGCAGCAGCCCGAAGCUUCCUGGUAAAGCAUCAUGCCAACGGCGAUGAGAGCAAUCCCAUUGUGGAUAUCGAAUACACGCAGAUCAAGGAAGCUAUCCUCAAAGAUGCACAGUAUAAGGAGCAGGGCAGCUAUAUUGAUCUCAUCCGAACGAAGCCGAAUAGAAGAAGACUUAUUCUCGUCACGUUCUGUGGUCUGUUCCUUGAGAUUUCCGGCAACGGCCUGGUCCAAUACUAUCUCCAUUCCGUCCUAAACAGCAUUGGAAUUACCAAGACUAUUGAGCAAACUACAGUUAACGGCUGCUUGUCUAUCUACAACUUUGUCUUGGCCCUUGGAGCCUCUUUCUUGGUUGAUAGGAUUGGCCGCCGCAAGCUCUUUAUUAUCUCUACUGCCGGAAUGUUCUUUGCCUUUAUUUUGUGGACUACCUUUGCAGCGUUAUACACCGAACACGGCACACGGAACUACGCUAUUGGUGUCAUUGUUUCCAUCUUCCUUAGCAAUGGCGCUUAUGACCUCGGAUGGACUCCUCUCUGGGCUUACCCGGCCGAGCUUCUUCCCUACGAGGUGCGAGCCCGUGGUGUCGCCUACAUGACGGGUAUUAUGCACGCCGCAGGAUUCUUCUCUUCUUUUGUCAACCCAAUCGGUCUGAAGAAUGCUGGGUGGAAGUACUAUAUUGCAUUUAUUGUCUACACGUUUCUUGAGCUUAUUGCUGUCUGGUAUUUCUUUGUUGAGACUAAGGGAUAUACCCUCGAGGAGAUUGAUACUAUCUUUGAGACACCUGGUCUUACUUGGAAACAGAGGAGGAAUCUAAAGGCUCCUAGCUUAGUUCGGGAGUCUAGCUCCAUUGAGGAGAGUGCUCCUCGCUUAUGCUUGGUCAACGUGUCAUUUAGGGUUGACGCUGGUUCAAAGCUGAUGCUUAUCGCGCGCCUUACCCUAUCCACCCCUGAAACUUCUCCUGAAAUGGAUUCAUCAUCACCAUCCUCAUCGCGUAACAGCCUAGACAUUGGCUUCGACGCUGCAAAACUCGAAGCAGCUAAUCGUUAUGUCCGCUGGAACCUGUUAUUCCUUCUAAUCAUCUUUACCUUUCUUCUAUUUCCAAUAUGGAUGCCCUUUACUCCUUAUGUCAACCAAGUGACCAACGUCUUCAUCAUAAUCAUUAUCGGUCUUUUCCAACUCAUCUGGCUAAUAGCGACAAUCUGUGCCAUUCGCCGAACACUAGCCAUCAACAGACGAAACAAACUCAAGGUUGCAAAAGCCCAAGAUGUUGAAUCAUCAGACGCCACGGCCAACUACUCCUCAAACAUUCGUCACAUAGUUGCCAUGACCUUAUAUAAAGAGCCCAUGAGCGUGCUGCAAACCACCUUGGACUCACUCGUGGAGCAAAAGGAUGCCAAGUCCCGUCUCUCCGUCAUUAUUGGCAUGGAAUGCCGCACACCUGACAAGGAAGCCAAACGCGAUGAGGUCUAUGCAAAGUACGAGAAUAAGUUCCUCCGUCUUAUCGUUACUUUUCACCCCUCGGGCAUUCCUGGCGAAAUCAGCGGCAAGUGUUCCAACAUGAACUACGCCUGUCGCCAGGGCCUACAGAUUCUACGUCAAGAUGUUGUUUACAACUAUGAGAAAUACGAACAUAUCUUUACCAACUGCGACUGCGACGCGGUUUUCGAUCCCGAAUACAUGCUGGAGCUGGAAACUGAGUACUUAAAGCUAGAUUCUGCUGAUCGUCAUUCCUCCAUCUGGCAGUCCAUCAUCAUCUACAAGCGCGACUCCAUGCCCUUCUUUGUCGAUAUUACCGGUGUUUUGCGAACCUUUUUCUUCAUGGGCGUUUUGAUCCCCUGGAACAUCAAUCCCAUGUCACACUACUCUCUCAGUGUUAAGUUGCUCAAGGAGGGCGCCUUUACUCACCCAGCCUACCAAAUGGAGGAUAUUAUUGCUUUGAUACGCUACACCAUCAUGACGAGACGAGAAAUCCGCAUCAGGCCUUUGAAUCUCAUUUCCAUCAACGGUCCAACCUCUGGAGCCAACUACGCUGAUGAAAUACGCGAAUGGGCACUUCAGAUUCGCCGAUGGACCAUUGGUGCCGGCGAAGUGUUUCAUUACUUUAUCGUCAAGACCUAUCGAAUGCCUGGACUGUACCUUUCUAUCAGCUGGGCGACUCGCUUCUUCAUCUACUAUGGCCUCGUUCUCUGCGCCAGCGCCAUCUUUUCUGUGGCUUCUCCUAUCAUUGUCCAGUUAAUUAAUGGCGUUGCUACUGAACAUAAUCGACUCUUCAUCAGCGACACACUCUUUUCAACUAUUUGCUUUAUCUUCUUGGGAACUCAAUACGUCUUUUUGCUCAUUGCCUCCGUUCUUGUCCGUUGGAACCUACCUAUGCCUUACGAUAGUCAUAACAAUUACAACAAUGGUGUUCGGGGUGUUGCAAGAGGGCUAUUGCAUUGGGUCUUGAUGUUGCCGACCAUCCUUGCUUACAGCUUUGUUGAGCUCUACUCCUUUUUCGAGCUGGCCUUCAGAGGAAAGGAUGUUUGUAAACAUAAUGCCGCCAGCAAGAGUCAUUUGGUUCUUGGGAAGGAUGCUGGGACUUAA